AAACAACAUCAGUACAAUGAAACGAUUCGAUUGCUUUCUAGCUGUGUGUGUAACUGCUGAUAAAGAUCAACAAAAAUUUAAAAACUAAAAACCCAAUUUGCGUUUUUAUCCUAGAUAAAACUUUUUUCUGCAUCAAGAACAAAUCUGCAUUGUGGGAGAGAGAGAGAGAGAGAGAGAGAUUGUUUGAUUGCGGUGUGUUUGUGAGGGAAAGAAAGAUGGGAAGGCUUUUUGUGAUCACUCUUGAAGGAAGCAUCUAUAGCUGCAAGCACUGCAGGACACACCUUGCUCUUUCUGAUGAUAUCGUUUCUAAGUCUUUCCAUUGCAGGCAUGGAAAGGCUUAUCUCUUUGAUAAAGUCGUAAAUGUCACACUUGGAGAGAAAGAAGAGCGCAUGAUGAUUACUGGAUUGCACACUGUUGUUGACAUUUUUUGCGUUGGAUGUUGCUCAAUUGUGGGUUGGAAAUAUGAGGCUGCACAUGAGAAAACCCAGAAGUACAAGGAAGGAAAAUUUAUCCUGGAGAGGUUUAAGGUGUUGGGUCCUGAUGGGAGCAACUACUCGUCACCUCAAGAAGCUAUAUUUGGUAGUAGUGAUGCUGAUGAUGCCUGACUAGCCAUUCAAUAUGGAAUUGAUAGACUGUUUUAAUUGUACAUUCUAUGCACUCUAUGUUCUUUGGUUGGGUCUGAAAACCGAGUUCAUAAUGUUAGUCUCUUCACUGUUAUGGACCAUUUUUGCAGAUAGUAUAAUAACAAUGCACUUUCUCUGAUUUAAA